UUCCAGCUGCCCGGGUACCGGAUCCAGAGUGGCCGAUGCGCCUUCGCUCCCGCGCUCUCCAGGAGCGGAGACAGCUGGAAAAGAAGCCGGAGAAAUAGGCUCCCGAACCGAAGAAAUACCCCCGGCUCCCUACUCCCUUCUCCAGUCCUCACCAUCUUGUUCUCUUGGAAAGAGCUGGACAGAUCUUCUUCAAAAGGAGCUGCGCUUUGUUGACUCCCGGGCUCGGGGGUUCCCGACACUGCUCUUGGUCCCGGUUGGGACCUGAGCUGUCCAGCUUGAAGAUCUGAUACCUCUCCUCAUUAUCUUCUUGUCACUGGUGUCAUCCCUGUCAUCACAGAGACCUGAGCUCUCCAGAAAAUAACCUCUCAGGUGCAUUGUUACCUGUUUUUACCUUUUGAUGGGAAUGUGAAAUAUGUCCCUUCCCCUCCCACUCUUUCUGCUUUUCCUGAUAAUUCUCUUUGAAAUUAUCCUGAGUUGAAGAUUCACUUUUAACCCAAUAUCAUUGUUGAUUUAAUCAGCAAGAUGGACAAGUGCUAAAAGGUUAUGCAAGAUUAUCGAGGAAAAUGAAGAGCUCACAGCCAGUUUUUGUAAACAUACUUUACAUGAAGAUUGAACUUCUAUAAAGAAAGAUAACCAAUUAGCACCAAAAUGAAUUACACAUUGUAUCCCUCUUUUUUCAACGAAUCUUUUCUUAACCAUACAGACACCCACCCCCCAUAUGCACCCAUUGAAGAGAAUAAAUGCCGUGUACCAGUAACCAUGGUAUUUACAAUGGCAUUAGCUUAUGGCAUUGUCAUACUCCUUGGAGUCUCUGGAAAUCUGGCCUUGAUAGGAAUUAUCCUAAAGCAAAAGGAGCUGAGAAAUGUGACCAACAUUCUGAUUGUUAAUCUGUCCCUUUCUGACCUUCUGGUAUCAUUUGUAUGUCUGCCCUUCACUUUUGUCUAUACCUUAAUGGAUCAUUGGAUCUUUGGUGAGGCCAUGUGCAAGCUAAACCCUUUCGUGCAAUGUGUCUCCAUCACUGUCUCCAUUUUCUCUCUGGUUCUCAUUGCUUUGGAGCGCCAUCAGCUUAUAGUCAACCCCCGAGGAUGGAGGCCCACAAAUAUCCACGCAUUUUUAGCAAUUGCCCUGAUCUGGUUCCUCUCUGUGGCUGCCUCCCUGCCUUUUGUGAUUUACCAGGUGCUGACUGAUGAGCCAUUCCACAAUGUCACUGUCCCAACCUUCAAGGACAAGUACGUGUGUUUCGAUCUUUUCCCUUCUAAUGUGCACAGGCUAUCUUACACCACUAUUCUCUUGGUGCUGCAGUACUUUGGGCCUCUGGUGUUCAUUCUUGUCUGCUACCUCAAGAUCUAUAUUCGACUAAAGGAGAGGAACGACAUGAUGGACAGGAUCAGAGAGAACAAGCAUAGAGCCCAGGAAGCCCGCCGGAUCAACGUGAUGCUUUUCUCCAUUGUGGUGGCCUUUGCCAUCUGCUGGAUGCCUCUGACCAUCUUUAACACGGUGUUUGAUUGGAACCACAAGUUGAUCUCCAUCUGCCACCACAACAUGCUGUUCCUCCUGUGCCACCUGACGGCGAUGAUUUCCACCUGCGUCAACCCUGUCUUCUAUGGGUUCCUUAACAAGAAUUUCCAGAAAGAUUUGCAGGCUCUCUUUCGUUUCUGUGAUUUCAGGUCCCGUAACGAAGACUACGAGACCAUCGCUAUGUCCACCAUGAAUACGGAUGACUCCAAGGCGUCUGAUAGGCAAGCCUGUGGUGAGGCCUCCCAGGGUCCUGGGGAGGAAGAAGAAGUCUGAAGAGGAUCUGAAGUGGGUGAGGGUUACAGAACCCAGGUGACAGCUGUUUUAACACCAAGCACAACCUGUCACACAAUUCUGUAACCCUCUCCUCCUCUAGGAUGUGUGGCUUUGCCUAUAUUGUCUUGAUGGUUUAGUUGUGGCUGUAAUUGAAGUAAGCUCAGAAUGUGCAGACCUUGGAUUUACUUGUGUCAGUUGUUUCUGUCCAAACUCUCAAUACUUACGGUUGUAUGACGUAUUUGUGAAACAAAUAUAGGAAUAUAUAAGACAUAGAUUACAUUUACUUCAAUGGAAUAUUUAACAAAAACUUGAUUACCAACAUAUAUAUAGAUAGAUAGAUAUUAAUAACAUCAUAAUAUUUUCAUUAAUGAUUCUACACCCUGUAAAGGAGAUAAGGAGGACCAUCCUGAAAAGAGUUCAUUGACUUUGAAACCAUAUAACGUAGACUACUGCAGAGGAGAUGCACCAUUGGCAUCCAGAAUGUGAGAUUUUUUUUUUUUAGGAGAGAGAUUAUUUUUUGCCAGUUAAGACUGGUCUUAGUACCCAUCUAAAUAUCCAUGUCUUUAAUACUAAUUGAUUAGAAUCUGAUGCAACAUUUCAUGAAAAAGAAAACAAAACCAUUUCUCAACUGUUAGCAUAAAAAAAUAGGACAUAGACACAUAUUAAAUGAAAUAUUUCCAUGACUCAAGAUUAUUUGGGAAAAUGACUACAAAAAUUCUUCAGAAUAAUUGGAAUAAUAUCUAAAUCCUUAUAAUUACAAAUAAUAUACAAACAUAUACAUUUAAAUGGAAGAGAUUUCCUCCAGUAGAACUUGUUUGCUAUUUGCUAAAAAGCCUGUAAUGUUACAAAAUGAUAAGAAAGGGUGCCUAUUAUUACAUUGAAACACCAAGUAUCAUGUAACACUUAGGGACAAGUAAAGGACCCUUGGAUACAGUAAUUCAAUCGAGGGUGUAAGAUAAUUAGAUAAAAUUAUUGAAAUUCAUCUUAUCUUGUAUGCACUUCUAAACAAUAUAUUCUAUUGAAUGUUAAAAUGACUAUGUUAACAACUGAUAAAUAUAUAUACCUAUAUACUCAAUAGAUGUAUACCUGUCAACAUAUACCUAAUUGAUGUAUCUCUGUGUUGGAAUGAUUAUUAAAACUAAGAAAUAAAGAAAUUAAAUAACUAAGAAGUAAAGAACUUAAGAAACCAGAACAUCAAGAAAUCAAGAAACAUUUACUUGGGAGAAUACCACACAUCCCAAGUUAUUUAUAUAGCCAACCUGUAAAACAUUGGAGUGUUUGGUUUGAAAAUCUUGGACAAUUCUAAUAAAAUUGAUGUUGCAUUGA